GCCGGAGUUCCGGGUGUGGGCGGCCUCGAGCCGCGGGACGGAAUUGGGGGAGAGCCCGCGGGCCUCGCGGGAAGUCGUCUUUCACCUCUGACUUCCGGGGGCCGGCAAGCGAGCGGCCGGAGGGGGUGGCAGUGAGGCGGGAGAGGAGCUUGGGGCCGGGUCUCGGGUACGAGCCGAGCCCCAGGCCCCGGGCCAGAGAGAGGGAGGAGCUUUCGGGGCCGCCAACAUGAAGUUAUGCAUCCUCGUCCUCCUCCUCUGGUUCCCUGUGCUGCUGGCGUGGAGACCCCCGGACGAGCCUGGGUACGACUCUCAUCCUCCGAACGAGAAGCUUGAUUCCAUGCUAUCAGACUAUGAUAUCCUUUCUCUGUCAAACAUCCAGCAACAUUCCUUGAGGAAAAGGGAUCUACAGACAGCAUCACAUUUAGAAAGAUUAUUGACUUUUUCAGCCUUACAUAGGCAUUUUAAGGUAUAUCUAACAUCAAGUGCUGAACGCUUUUCACAAAAUUUCAAAGUGUUGGUCGUGGAUGGGAAAGAAGAGCAAGAAUAUCCUGUAAAAUGGCAAGAUUUUUUCACGGGGCAUGUAGUGGGUGAACACAAUUCCAGGGUUCUGGCCCAUAUAGGUGAUGAUGACUUUACAGUGAGAAUCAAUACAGAUGGGGCAGAAUAUAACAUAGAGCCACUCUGGAGAUUUAUUAAUGAUACCCAGGACAAGAGAAUGUUGGUUUAUAAAUCUGAAGAUAUCAAGAAUGUUUCACGUUUCCAAUCUCCAAAAGUAUGUGGUUAUUUGAAGAUUGAAAAGGAAGAACUGCUCCCUAAAGGACUGGAAGACACGGAACAACAUACAGUGCAUGUUCAUCGGGAGAAGAGAGCUCCUCCAAAUCCAAUGAAGAAUACAUGCAAGUUACUGGUUGUAGCAGACCAUCGUUUUUACAAGUACAUGGGCAGAGGGGAAGAGAGCACAACUACAAAUUACUUAAUUGAGCUGAUUGACAGAGUUGAUGACAUCUAUCGGAAUACAUCCUGGGACAAUGCAGGUUUUAAAGGUUAUGGCAUACAGAUAGAACAGAUUCGUAUCCUCAAGACACCUCAAGAGGUAAAACCUGGUGAAAAGCACUUUAACAUGGCAAAAAGUUAUCCCAAUGAAGAGAAGGAUGCUUGGGAUGUGAAGAUGUUACUAGAGCAAUUCAGCUUUGAUAUAGCUGAGGAUGCAUCAAAAGUUUGCCUUGCACAUCUUUUCACAUAUCAAGAUUUUGAUAUGGGAACUCUUGGAUUAGCAUAUGUUGGAUCUCCCAGAGCAAACAGUCACGGAGGUGUUUGUCCAAAAGCGUAUUAUAGCUCUGUUGGGAGAAAGAACAUCUUUCUGAACAGUGGUUUGACCAGCACAAAAAAUUAUGGUAAAACCAUCCUUACAAAGGAAGCUGAUUUGGUUACAACUCAUGAACUGGGACACAACUUUGGAGCAGAACAUGAUCCUGACGGCUUAGCAGAAUGUGCCCCAAAUGAAGAUCAGGGAGGAAAAUAUGUUAUGUAUCCGAUAGCUGUGAGUGGAGACCAUGAGAAUAAUAAGAUGUUUUCAAACUGCAGUAAACAAUCCAUCUUCAAGACUAUCGAAAGUAAGGCUCGGGAAUGUUUUCAAGAACGCAACAACAAUGUGUGUGGGAAUUCCAGGGUGGAUGAAGGUGAAGAAUGUGAUCCUGGCAUUAUGUAUCUGAACAAUGACACCUGUUGCAAUACAAACUGUACCUUGAAAAAAGGAGUUCAGUGUAGUGAUAGAAAUAGUCCUUGCUGUAAAAAUUGUCAGUUUGAGACAGCUGAGAAGAAGUGCCAGGAGGCCAUCAAUGCUACCUGCAAAGGCGUGUCCUACUGUACAGGUAACAGCAGUGAAUGUCCCCCUCCUGGAAAUGCUGCAGAUGAUACUGUUUGCUUGGAUUUAGGAAAGUGUAAAGAUGGAGAGUGUAUUCCCUUCUGUGAGAGGGAGAAGAAUCUCCAGUCUUGUGCAUGUAAUGAAACUGACCACUCCUGCAAAGUAUGCUGUAGGGAUGAAUCUGGCCGAUGUGUUCCAUACCUUGAUGCUGACAAUAACUUCUUAUUUUUGAGGAAAGGAAAGCCCUGUACUGUGGGAUUUUGUGACAUGAAUGGUAAAUGUGAGAAACGAGUGCAGGAUGUGAUAGAGCGAUUUUGGGAUUUCAUUGAUCAGCUGAGCAUCAAUACUUUUGGGAAGUUUUUAGCAGACAACAUUGUUGGUUCAGUCCUCGUCUUUUCCUUGAUUUUGUGGAUUCCCCUCAGCAUUCUUGUCCAUUGUGUGGACAAGAAAUUGGAUAAACAGUAUGAGUCUUUGUCUUUGUUUCACCCCAGUAAUGUGGAAAUGCUGAGUAGCAUGGACUCAGCAUCUGUUCGCAUCAUCAAACCAUUUCCUGUGCCUCAACCCCCUGGUAGACUUCAGCCACUUCAGCCUGCUCCAGUGAUGCCCUCAGUGGCUCCAAAGCUGGACCACCAAAGGAUGGACACCAUUCAGGAAGACCCGAGCACUGAUUCAAUCCUUGAUGAAGACGCCUUUGAGAAGGAUCCUUUCCCAAAUAGCAGCUCAGCUGCAAAGUCUUUUGAGGAUCUUACAGACCAUCCUGUCACAAGGAGUGAAAAGGCAUCCUCUUUUAAAUUACAACGCCAAAGUCGUGUGGACAGCAAAGAAACAGAGUGCUAGUUUAGGGGUUUUGCUUCCAACUUUUUUGACUUGCCUGUACAAAAUAAUUUUUUAUGGGUUUAAUCUAAAAUCAUCACAUCAUUUUAAGGGGCUAGGUAGGAAAUGGGACAAACAAGGAAGUGACUUAACAGCAGAUGCUGGCCAUGUGUUUGACCUUCCUUUACUGAGAUAAUCCUCCUGUCUUAGCCCUUUUUCCUUUCAAGGAGGUAAGCUUGUUUUGAAGCUUUUUGGUUUGAUUUGAUUUUUUUGAAUCUUUAAACUGUACUUUAACCUGUGGUGCAAAAAGCAGAAAUCUAGCUGGAUCAGACUGUGUAUGUUUGCUUUUUGUAAUUUAACUUUUUAUUCAUAACAGCACUGAUUAGAGAGGUGAGAUUAUUUUUUAAAAACAGACUAUAUGGUCCUUUGUAUAUUGGGAAACAUGUAGAAGUUAUUUGUCUUGAGAACUACAUCAUCAUUUGUUUUCAAAAGAAGAUGGAGCUGAACCAAAAUCUCAUUUUAAGUGAUCUAAAUGGGGGUCUCAGGUGUUACCAAGAGCCUUUGGCAGAUAAGGAGGUCAUAAAAUCUUAGAAAUAAUUUCAAUGGUAUGGCCUUUAAAGUGGGACAAGAGAUAAUAUAGGUUUACAGGAAGAGGGAACUUAUAGAUGUUUUUUAAAAACAACCUGUUUCUUUUAUAGGAGUCUUCCAAAUGUUUAGACCUCAUCUGCUGGUUACUGUCUUCUUUGUGUUCUGCGAUUCUUUGUGAAUUCCUGUUGCCAAGAACUUUCUUAAUAAGGCACGUAUUUAAAGGAGUCUAUACCAUUGGGCAGGAAUCCUGACACAGAAAGCAAUAAUCCAAAUACAAAGUAUGAAGAAUUAACCAAAAGUAAUUUAAAAUGUGGUUAUAAAUCAGUCAACUUAUCAAGCAGAUAAAAGCAAAAGGCAGUCUUUCCUUUUGAGCUUUUUGAUCUGUCACAGUUGUAACUGUAAAGUUUUUUUGAUAGAUUGGCAAAUAGAUGCUUGCAUUACCUGCUGCUUUUGGAAGCAUCCUAGGAUUCUGAAGAAUCGCCAGUUGUGACAUGAUUGUAUAUAAAUCAUGUACGGUUAAUUUUGAUUUACAUAGAAUUAUGGAGUUAAAGCUGAGAAAGUGCUCACCAACCAAGAUAUUUUGAUUCAGCUUAUAUUUAUAAAAUUAAUGGGAAUUAACCAAACCUGUGACAAAAUGUGUUUUUUGAAGAAUAUAUUUGUUACAUGGAUUCUUGUUACACUAAUACUUGAAACUUGUGCCUUAUGGUAUUGUUAUUGUUAACUAUUCAUCAUUUAGUUAUACUUUUGGAAUUUGAACACUGGGGUGCGUGUAUGUGUGUAUGAAAGUGUGAGAGAUCCAUAUAAUUUCCAGAAAAAUAUAGUAUAACCAUUUUUUAUAAAAAUUUUAUGACUUUUUUAAAAACAAAAUUGUCCUUGCCUUUCCCCCAUGUAUAGAAUUAACAAGAUGCUCAGCAUGGAAUUUGUAGCUAUGGAUUUGGUACUACUUGCCUUAAAUUGUUAAUAAAUAUUUAAUAACAUUAAAA